AUAAACUAUUGCGCACUGGAGAAGAGGCCAAGAGGGCAUGCAUUAAUAUCGCCUGCGGGCUUGGAGAAAGAAUAUAAGCAAAUUUGGAUCAGAAAGCUCGGACGAUUGGAAAGUGAAGAACAUAGAACAAAAAAUGGCGGAGGAAGCAGCAGCUGCGAAAGUGUCAUCAAUAUUCAUCUACCCAAUUAAGUCAUGCCGCGGAAUCUCUGUUCCUGAAGCACCUCUCACUCCUACUGGGUUUCGGUGGGAUAGGAACUGGGUGGUGGUGAACUACAAAGGGAGGGCUUACACGCAAAGGGUUGAACCAAAGCUAGCUCUCGUGGAGAUUGAGCUGCCAAAGGAGGCGUUUCUCGAUGGCUUUGAACCCACGAAGAAUUCCCAUAUGAUUAUAAAGGCUCCUGGAAUGCCUGUGCUUUCAAUACCAUUGACGAAACCACAAGAUGUAGCAGAAGGCGUAUCGGUAUGGGAAUGGUCUGGUUCUGCUCUAGAUGAAGGAGGUGAAGCUGCUAAAUGGUUCUCUGAUUACAUUGGGAAACCUAGUAGGCUUAUUCGUUUCGAUGCAGGUUUGUGCUUUCGGAUUCUAGCUACGAAAUGUUCUUUAGACUAUACUUCCAGAUGCUGCUUAUGUAUGCAUUUCGCUGGUGCAGGAUCACAAAUCAGGCCAGUGGAUCCAGAGUAUGGCCGUGGACACAACAUAAUGUUCUCCGACCUCUUCCCGUACAUGCUCGCCUCACAGGAGUCUUUGGAUGCGCUAAACAAGCUUCUGAAUGAACCCGUUCCAAUUAAUCGUUUUCGACCCAACAUACUAGUUCAUGGUUGUGAGCCGUUUUCAGAGGACUUAUGGUCUGAGAUUAAGAUAAACAAGUCGACAUUUGGUGGUGUGAGGUUGUGCUCCCGCUGCAAGGUACCAACAAUCAAUCAGGACACUGGUGUUGCUGGGUCUGAACCAAAUGCAACACUGAUGCAGUUCAGGUCAGAUAAAGUUCUGCGUCCAGACAAGAAACAGCAAGGGAAGGUUUACUUUGGGCAGAACUUAGUUUGGAAGGACAGUGAAUCAGGAUCAGGGAAAGGAAGCAUCAUCAAAAUAGGAGAUCCCAUUUUCGUACUCAGAAAGGUCUCCUCUCCUGCAGAAGCAGCUGCCUGAUGAUCUCGUCGUCUCAAUAAGGUGGUCGUGUCUGUACGAUCUGCGAGUAGUUCACUACUGUGCAAGGAAUUCCAGGCCAUCUAUUACAUGUAUUCCACUUUGUAAUCUGGUGGUCUGCAUCUCUCCUGAAUAAGAAAUUAGGUAUGAAAUGAAAUGAUGUAACAGGUUUCCCACCUGAAAGUUGGUGUGACAGUGUUUUAAGUUUUAACAUGUUGUUCAUGUAUCUCAUAAUAAUUCAACAUGUUUGAAUCCUGUAAGUUCCCCUGUCUGUUCAACCAAGGUGGUGACAGUCCUAUAGCUCUUUUGUGGCUCCUGGUUUUGCUUGGCCCAAAUCUGGAAAGCUGCUCAUUUUGGUAGAACCAGCCAUUUGUUACCAGAUGUUAAGGAAAGUUGGAAGUCUUUUUCACCUUAGGAUUUUCAGCAAUGUAUGAGUUUUGAACUGCAACUGUUUCUAAUUUGGCAUACUGAAAGCGAUCAAAUAUAGUAAGGCUGGAAGGAUCGAGAAGGCUGAA